GUUCUGUGCUAGAAUUCCAAGGAAAUAUAGGUUCACCACUGAGAAUCUGAGUACCAGCGAAUAUUGUCCCCAAGGGACAUAGACCCGAUGUAGGGACUUCCGUGACGUUGGUCUUCCCAAGAAGAGCAGUGCUACCUCCGGUCAUAUUCAUUUUACCGUACAUCCGAGCGCUUGCCCGAAUCCUUCAAGUUACAAAAUGCAUUUGGCAUCGGACUUUUUAGUCUCUUCCACUCCAACUCUGGAACCAGACGCUAAAGAUUGCGAGCUGCAUAAUUCUUACGACACUCAAAGCUGCAUUUUGUCUGCAAUAGCCAUUCUGCUUGGAUCGCUCAUUUGCUUCUUUGGAUACCGGAUAUUCAAGUUUAUGCUUUUCUUAGCUGGUUUCCUAACAGGAUUUUUCUUCACCUAUAUGUUAUGCUCUGGAUAUCUCACGGAACAUCUAUCUGGGAAAUUUCUGGAGCACAAAGAUCAGAUAUUUCUUGGUGCUUCUGUUGGUGUUGGGAUCAUUGCAGGGCUAUUGACACUGUGUAUUUUUUAUCUGGGACUUUUUAUUCUUGGUGCAACCAUGGGAUGGUUUGUGGGCAUGGUUUGUCUGCCACUUCUCUAUAAACAUUCAGAAUACCUGUCUGAACACACCUGGCUGCCUUACAUUGUUCUUUGUGCUUUUGCCAUUGUGGGAGGAGUCCUUAUUCUCUGCAUACAGAGGGUGGUAAUUGUAAUAGCCUCCUCAUUCCUGGGAGCUUUUGGUUGUAUUAAUGGCCUUGACUACUUUGUGGAGAACAGCAGAUCACUCUACUACUCAGUCAACAUUCUGCAUGGCCACUUUGACAAGUCAGAUUUGCCCACUUGUUGGUACACAUGGCUGAUUUUGUGUCUUAUCCCAGUCAUGUUCAUUGGUGGAUUGGCUGUGCAGCUUGGCAUUACUGGAAAAGGCAGAGAUCAUAGAGAAGCUUAUGGAAGACGAUCACGUGUGCCUCCUUAUGGCACUCCCAUGACAAAUCAUGCUGACCAGCAACCUAUCAUAGAUGAUGUUGACUAGAAGUCUUAUUCAGGAGGAACUCACCCAUUCAGAAUGAGUGUUGUAGUAUCACUGAAUAUUUUUAAUGCAUUUGUUAACUUUGAGAGAAAAUUUUAUGUUUAUAACUUAGUACACACUUUUUUUGCAUUCAAAAAUAGUUCUGUGAACAGUUCUACUUAAGAUUUUUAGUCUGAGAACAUACUUAGAUUUUUUAUCAGUCAGGUCGAUGCAUAAGGUAUAUGGAAAAAGGGUACAAGAAACUGAAAAAAGAGAGUGAUCAUGAAAACUGUCUGAUAGUAAUCUGGAAGGAGAUUAAUGGAGCUGUUUUUUCUUUUUUUAUUUAGAGUUUCAUUGAUAUUUGUACAUGUUACAGUUUAAAAAAAAUGCUCACUUUUUUAUCCAAGUUAGUUUCUAGAUAUCACAAGGGCUCAAUUUUUCAUACCAACUAUUUUUUUCUACACACCCACACCCAAAGAAACAAAAGCAAAGUCAAGGUAAAUUUCUGUUCAAGUUGAA